AUGAGAAUAUAUGCCUUGUUUGUGCUGUUGAUGUAUGCCACAGCAUUGAAUUUCGAAGCAUCUUUGAUGUCCCAUACCUUAGCAGAAGUAGACGCUUUAGACACUUCACAAUUGAAUUGCUAAACUCCACGAUCUCAUUUCGAAGAUUUGGAAGAAAACUUAACUCAAUGGUAGUAAGUUUUGGAGAACAAGGAGCGCAUCCCAUCACAUAUUGAGACUCUAACUUAAAUGAAGCAUCUAAUUAAACAUAAAAAGUAUGAGCAACUAGUUGAAAAGAUUAAAGAUUUAGAUCUCAUUUCACCUCCUGUGCUUUCUGAAUUAUAAAGCAAAUUAUAAGGAUUGCAAUCUCAUGACAGACAUGAAAGAGAAGAGUGUACAGAAACAUUAACAAAAUUAUGUGCUUAUCUUAUUAAAUAAAUGAAUAAUGUUCAUUAAUAAUGCCAAUAAUCACCAGUUACAGUCAUUAAAGUCAAAGGUAAGAUCGAGGAUCUCAAGAUUAUUUAAUCUGGAUGCUAAUAAGCAUGUCAACCAACUUGUCCAGAUGAGCCUGCUCCAGAAAUCCCCUCAGAAGCUCCAAGUGAAGAAUUUACUGAAGAGCCAGUUGAAGAAGGUGUUCCUCCAACAACUCCUGAUGAUAAACCAACUCCAGAUGAUGAACCUACUCCAGAUGAUGAACCUACUCCAGAUGAUAAACCAACCCCAGAUGAACCUGUAGUACCUUAAGAUGAGGAAGGUCCAACUGAUGAACCACCUGUUAAUCCAAAUACCGAAGAAUCACCUGAUUAACCAACAGUGGCAGAAGAGGGAACAGAAGAAUGGACUAUUCCAGGAGAAGAACCAGAAGAACCAAAAGCAGUACCAACUACACCUGAUUAACCAGAGGAAGAUCAAGAAGAAUCUUCAAACCCACCUGUCUCACCUGAACCUCUAGUAUUCCCAGAGGAAGAAGAAGAAUCAUUCGGUUUUGAAGAAACUCCUCUUCCACCUGUUUCUCCAGAUCCUUUAGUGUUCCCAGAAGAAUAAGAAGAAUCAUUCGGUUUUGAAGAAACCCCCCUUCCACCUGUUACUCCUGAUGCUGUAGUAUUUCCAGAAGAAGAGGAAGAAUCAUUCGGUUUUGAAGAAACACCUCUUCCACCUGUUACUCAUGAUCCUUUAGUGUUCCCAGAAGAAGAAGAAGAAUCAUUCGGUUUUGAAGAAACACCACAUCCACGUAUUUCUCCUUUGCGUUUUCCAUUCUCAGAAGAACAUGAAGAGAUCGUAUUUUGA